UUCCCAACACCCUUAACAAUCAACCACAACCUCUUAUUAGUUACAAUUAGAGACAAAAAUUAAUCAACUACAAUUUGGUGACAAUUUAGACAAACGGUUAACAAUUAAGGAUAAAGUUUACAAUUCAAGUGUAUUGACAAUUUUGUGUUUUAACAACAAACGAAUCAAUUGUUGAUUAAUUAUUUUAGUAAAUUGUGAUUCCUUCAGUUUAUUAAAGUAUGUCCAUUAAUCACUGUUAAUCAAGUGUCUUUUUGAUGAACAACAAUUAACUAAUUUUGAUUGAGAAAACAAAAUGAUCGCCAACAACACCAAUCGUUCAAUCAUUUUCUUGAUCUUCAUUGGGAUUACAAUCUUUGGACAAGUUCAUUCAAAGACCGAAGAUAUUUCCAAUAAAGUGUUUAAGUUGUACUCUAGUAAACCUAAUGGUGUUAAUCUAUUGGAUCUUGGUCAAUGGUUAACGGAUGCCAUUCAAGAGCGAUACUCAAUUCCAGAGGUCAAUGUAACGGAAAAAGGAUCGGUCACCUCAUACAAAGCUUCGUUUACCAAUGUUUCGGUAAUUGGACUAAGACCUGAACAAAUAGUGACCAUUGAAUUGUUUCUUAACAGUCCAGAGAUUAAUAUCACCUCAACAUCGGCGAAGGUCAAUUUGGAUGGUAUAUAUUGGGUCGAUGGUAAAUUUACCAUUUUCCCGUUCAAAGGGAACGGAUCAUUUGGCCUGGAACUUACCAAUUUUCUGAUGAAAACUCGACUGGUACCAAACAAAAUAGACUCGAAAAGUGAUGAUUUAAAGGUUACAUGUGACGCUGGUUUCGGUCAGUUUGGUCAAAGAUACGUUGGACUAUUGGAAAAUUCAGCUUCGGCUCCAUAUUCUCGUCGAGUGAAAAAUAAUCUGUCCCAUAAUUUGUUCCAAUCGGUAAAGAAUCAACUUUUAUCUUCUAUUACCGAUUCUCUGAAAACCAAUUACAUCAACAGGAAGGAUAAGGUAAACAUGGACAUUUUAUACCCAACAAGUGAAACUUUGAUCGACGAAUGGUUGAAUCGAACUCGAUCUGUUAUUAUGGACAAAGGUUACGAUCCUUAUGGAUUAGCUGAUUAUUCUCGUAAUUUUUCAAAUGAUUUCCGUCUAUUUAAGAUAACGGGAAGUUUAGAGAUUUAUAAUGGGACAAUUAACGGUUUAUCGACAUUAUCUCGAGUGGGUCCUGUUAAAGUUAUCUAUUUUAAAGAUUCCCUUAUCCUGGAAAUGAAUCUUGGCUUUAAAAAUUUGACCGCUUCUUAUGAUUGGAAGAUUAAUGUCGGUAAAUCAUCUCGAACUGGUAAAAUCGCCACCAACAUCACUUAUGUAUCAACUUAUCUUCGGCUUGUACAACCACUUAGUCCUGGAUCAGCUCUUAAUCUUGAGACCUUUGAAAUCCGUCAUCUUGAUCACAUUUGGUUGGACAUUACGGGAAUACGAACUUGGGAUUAUCUUCUCGAGGUUAUCGUUAAUCUGGGCACUCGAGUUAUUCGUAGUCGAAUUGGUGAAAUGCUAACAACUUCCUUAAUGACUGUGGUUAAAGACGAAUUGAGUAAAAAUAAACUAACCAACUUGUAGAUUAAUCAUCAUAAAUUGUUCCUAAUUUACUCGCAAUCAAAUAAUACAUUAUGAGUUAUCAACGAUCAAAAAGAGAUCAUGAUUAAAAUGAGACAAUAAAAAUCACCAACAACAAUUAACAAACGAUUGUAAUUUUAAUUCUAA